CAAAGUACUUCAAGCAGUUGUGACUUGUGAAAGCAAUGAAUUCUCCUUGGUAUAAUUCAACUCCAACGACCUCUUCAUUCACUUGUCUUUACUGCUUUCACAUGAUCACAAUGGCCAAACCAACUCUUUUCCUCCUCAUUUUCUCCUUUCCAGUUCUGCUUCUGUUGUUUUGCUCUGGUACUUUCUUGCUUCCAAUCAAGCUUUGCUAAUUUUUACAAUCUUUCUAUUUCUAAUGUAUUUCUCUGCAGGAGGAUCUGUAGAGGUUACCAGAGGACAAAAAACCUGGUGUGUCCCGAACCCAAUGUCUAAUGAAUCUGAACUGAUGUCAAACCUAGAAUUUUCCUGCAGUCAGGUAGAUUGCCAUUUGAUACAACAGGAUGCCCCCUGCUUCCUACCAAAUACUCAUUUUCACCACGCUGCAUUUGCCAUGAAUCUCUACUACCAAUCCAGAGGCAGGCGCAGAUCAAGUUGUGACUUCAAUAACUCUGGUCUGGUCUCCUUGACUGACCCAAGUUCUGGUAACUGCACUUUCCAGAGCGGAGGAAGUCAAGCAGAGGAAACAUCAGGAACAUGGUGUGUGGCGAAGCCGGAAGCAAGCGACGAUUUGCUGCAGCAGAACAUCGACUUCGCCUGCAACCAUGUGGACUGCAGCCCUAUCCAAGAAGGGGGCUUCUGCUACAUUCCAGUCACCCUCAUCAACCAUGCCUCAUUCGCCAUGAAUCUCUACUUCAAGACCACCGGCGGCAAUAAAUCCAGCUGUGACUUCCGGCGGACGGGCCUCACCGUUACUAGUGAUCCAAAUGUAUGUGUUCUUGAUACGAAUAAAGCAUGAUGAUGAUUUCAUUUUCAGUAAUAAUCUGCAUAGCAAGGAGAAGCUAGCAUGAGAGUUUUUGUUUCUAAUUUCCUCUUGAAAAACUUCAUAAUGUAUGCAAUUAGUUGAACUAAAAAUGGAAAAAUCUG